AGCGGUGGCUUUUAUGAUUUGUUUAUUUACAUGCAACGUUCAGAACAGUUCGACAGAAUGGUGAUAAAGUGCGCGAUUUGUGACGAAGGGGACAAAAAAUAUAAAUGCAAAACAUGCGAGGUGCCCUAUUGUUCGGUGGCCUGCUAUAAAAAGCACCAGGAAACACCAUGCAGCGGCAUUACACCGCUCGAACCGCAGCGAAAACAAGACCGACAACCCCAAAGAACUCUCCUGUACACUACAAUUGACACGGUCGAUGCCGACAAAAUGGAACUACUGCGACACUCGAACCAGUUGAAGAACCUCCUAUAUAAUCCUCACCUGCGAAGACUCUUGGAGGAGAUAGAUAGCGCUCCGAGCGCCCGAAAAGCUAUUCGGUUAGGCAUGAUGGAGCCACUGUUCGUGGAAUUUGCCGACGAGUGCCUCAAAGUGAUAGAACCACCGGACGCAAUGUAAAUAGAAGACCUUUUUGUUCUGAACUACGCUUUUCUCAUUUUAUUUAUAACAAUAAAAUUAUUUACAAAAAAAAGAAUACUUGUGACCGUAGUUUGUUUCGUUUUAAUAUGAAAUGCAUCUCCAAAAAUUGUAGAAAAU